AUGGCCGUUGAAUUCCUCAGAACAAUGGAAAAAGGGACACUCAAGCCCGAUGCACAUAUAUACAACAAUGUUAUUGACACCUUGUGUAAGGAUAGAAUGAUAGACUCUGCCUUGGAACUUUUCAACGAAAUGCUCGAGAAGGGAAUCCCGCCGGAUGUCGUUACUUACAGUUCUUUGAUAGGUGGUUUGUGUAAUUUAAGCCGUUGGGAGGAAGUAAAAAAGCUGAUGAAGGAGAUGGUGUUCUUCAAGAUAUAUCCAGAUGUGGUCACGUUCACCACCUUGAUUGUUGCUUUAUGUAAGGAAGGAAUGAUGGAUGAAGCAGAAGAUGUAAUCGGAAUCAUGAAGCAGCAGCAUGUAGUUCCAAAUGUCACCUGUUACACUGCAUUAAUGAGCGGAUAUUUUCUUGAAGGGCGUAAGGAUGAUGCAAGGAAUGUUUUCGAUUUAAUGGGUAGUAGCAAGAAUUGUGCUCCUGAUGUUAUCAGCUGUAACACAUUAAUCAAUGGCUAUUGUAGAAAGAUGAAGAUGGACGACGCUAUGGGUAUCUUCCACGAGAUGCCUCGUAAAGGGAUCAAGCCUGAUGUGUCCACGUAUACCACUAUACUGGGCGGUUUCUUUCGUGUGGGCAACUGGCGUGUAGCGCUUGAUAUUUUUUAUGGGAUGCAAGCUGUCGGACUAAAACCUGGCUUCUAUACAUACUGUAAUAUGUUGGAUGGAUUAUCUAGGAAUGGGCAAGUCGAGAGGGCUUUAUCGUUGUUAGAAGCAUUAGAGCGCAAGGGACAACAUCUUUAUAAUGAAUACUAUACAAUCGUCAUGGAUGGUUUGAUCAGAUCCAAUAAGCUCAAUGCGGGUCGAUCUAUUUUGGAAGAUAUGGUUUCGAAGGGGUUGGAAUGGGAUGUGGUGACCUACAAUGUUUUGGUUAAAAGAUGUUGUAAAAACGGGCUAUUAGAGGAAGCUAAGGAUCUGCUUUUCAAAAUGGGACGAUUAGGCUUGUCUCUGAAUGAGGUUGGUUAUAACACUAUUGUCCGAGGAAACCUAGCAGGUGGCCAAUAUGACGAUGCAGAAAUGUUUCUUGGGGAGAUGGUUGCCAAAGGAUUCUUGCUAGAUUUAAAAACAUUUGAGAUGCUACUUAGUUUAUUUGGCUCCAAGGAAAAGAAUCCCAAAAUAUUUAAAAUUAUCCAGAAGCUGGCGCCAAACAGUUUAAACAAAAAUUAG